UAAAACUCCUGUAACCCUUCAGAUUAAUAUAAGUGCUUAUGUAUCACUCUUAAAUUGUAGUCACAAAUUAUCAGUCUUUCACAAACAAAUCAUAUAGAAAAAUGACUGAGAAGAACAGAUAUUGGGUUGCAUUGAUAGUCUUAAUGUGGAUGAGUGCAACUCUGAGAGUAUUAGGACAUAGUGAGCCCACGAAAUGGGCAUUACUAGUUGCUGGAUCUAAUGGUUAUGGAAAUUAUAGGCACCAAGCUGAUGUUUGUCAUGCUUACCAGAUAUUAAAAAAAGGUGGUCUUAAAGAUGAAAAUAUUAUUGUUUUCAUGUAUGAUGACAUAGCCUUGCAUCCUGAUAAUCCAAGGCGUGGUGUUAUAAUUAAUCAUCCAAAUGGUUCUGAUGUUUAUCAUGGAGUUCCAAAGGAUUAUAUUCGAGAUGAAGGAAAUGCUGUGAACUUUUUUGCAGUACUUAGUGGCAAUAAAAGUGCUGUAAAAGGAGGUAGUGGUAAAGUAUUGGCAAGUGGGCCAAAUGAUACAAUUUUCAUUUACUAUGCAGACCAUGGCUCCACUGGUUAUGUCAGUUUGCCAGCUGAGGGUGUUCUUUCUGGCAAAGAUUUUGUAGACGCGUUGAAGAAGAAACAUGCUGCUAAAUCCUAUAAAAAAAUGGUGAUAUACAUGGAAGCAUGUGAAUCUGGGAGUAUGUUUCAAGGACUUCCAAAUGAUAUAAAUAUUUAUGUAACUACUGCAUCCAAUGCAUCCGAGAAUAGUUAUGCAUUUUACUGUCCAGAGACUCCUACUCCACCACCGCCUGGGUAUACAACUUGUUUAGGAGAUUUGUACAGUAUUUCAUGGAUGGAAGAUAGUGAAAAAUAUCAUAUGACAAAAGAGACCUUGAAACAACAAUAUAUAACCGUUCGGAAGAGAACUAUAGGUGAAAUACAUGGUUCUCAUGUGAUGCAAUAUGGUGAUUUAAAGAUGAGCAAUGAUUUGUUAUCUACGUAUAUUGGUGCACACCAUAGUAAUGUUAGUGUUGGCCAUGAAUCAAACAUUGGUAUAUAUCCUACAACUUCAACAACGCAUGUUAGUCAAAGAGAUGCCCGUUUAAUUUAUCUUAAGACCAAGUUGGAAAGGGCUUUAAAAGGUUCCCCGGAUAAGCUAAAAGCUCAAAAGGAGUUAGAAGUUGAAAUUGCUCAUAGAAAACAUGUUGACAACACUUUUCAACUCAUAAGCAAUUUCUUGUUUGGAAAAGAGAAUGGUUCCACAAUGAUGGUCCAUGUUCGUGCUCCCGACCAACCUCUUGUUGAUGAUUGGGAUUGUUUCAAGACUCUUAUAAAAACUUAUGAAGGUCAUUGUAGUACCUUAUCAAACUAUGGAAGGAAAUACUUAAGAGCCUUUGCUAAUAUGUGCAAUGCUGGUAUUAGUGUGAAACAAAUGGUUGCAGCAGCAUCACAAGCUUGUCUGAAGAAAGAAUAAGAUUCUCAAAUAUCUCUUCAAGAAUAUAAUAAUUAAUAUAUUAUUAUGUUAAAUAAUGAUUCAAUCUCGGAUACAAAAUGCAUUAUAUCAUUGAAAAUUUUGUAUCUAAUUUCCCAUGGUGAUAUUGAUGUAUACCAAGUCGAAUGAGAAUAUAUAGUUUGUCAUUUUAUGUCUA